AUGAAAAAGAAACGCCUAUCUAGCGUGAAUAGUUUAUUUAUUAUUGAGUUUUUAAUCUUUUGCUGUUGGGGCAGUGUUCGUGAUUAUACUAUGAGAUUUGUUUUACUCCUCAAGGAAACAAGCAUUGUUUAUUUUCUAUUUGUUUCAGGUGUUUUAUACUCUGAUCCCGAUAAAAUUUUGAUCGUUCGAAAUGUUAGUUAUCGUUUAACAAUAUUGUUAUCACCACAAAAAAUUGAUUUUACUCAAGAAAAUUUACGUUGUAUUUUAAUCGAUGUUACAUCAAAAAUUAAAAGUGUUUCAAAUCCAAUUCUUACUACCACCAAGUAUUCUCGUGAUCUCAAAUAUCCACCAUCAUCUCAAGAUAAUCAUUUUCAAACUGAACAAUUCUAUUUUUCGGAUUAUGAAGCAAAAAAUUUAAAUUCUUAUUAUAGCCAUUAUUAUUCUUCAAAUUUAUUAGAAACUACGGCUAAAGGCAUUAUAUCGGUGUAUCAACCUCGAAUGAAUAUUGAUCUAUUUGUAUUUGUUAGCGUAUUUUUUUCAAGUUUUUUUCUCUUUCUAUCAGCUGGUAUAUGUUUUUGGAAAGUGAAAUGGUAUUAUUUAGUACAUCGAAGACGUGUACAAAUUCGUGAAGAAUUUUAUAAACGAUUACAGCGACCAUUUACAAAAAUACAAUUUUAUAUACCACCAACAACAACGAUGGACAUUAAGAAUGGUGAAGAAAUAAUGAUACAACACGAUCAGAAUGAGAGUGAGAAUGAUGGUGAGGAUGAUGAUGAACAACAAUAUCGAGAACUAUCGAGUGAACAACAGAUUGAUCAAUCUUUAUCUCAAUCACUUCCCGUUACAAAUUCAAUUGAAAUUCCAUUAUUAAAUCAAACAAAUGUUGAUUAUUCUCAAAAUUUAGUUUCAUUGGAACCAUUACGAGAUAAUAUGCAUUGUUAUGCGACAAUGUUUUUCCAUUUACCAGGUGAUCUAACUACUCAAUAUCGUCUAUGUGCAGGGACUACCUAUGCACAUAUACCCGAUAGUUAUAAAGAAAUUAUAGCUCAAAAUACUUUAACAGAUACACGAAAAAACAGUAAAAGAAAAAAGUCGACAAAAAAACGAAAAAAUCGAGGAACACAUCUCGAUCAAGGAGGAAUUAUUAAAAAAACAAUUACAAGAACGAGAAAACCGCCGGAAGAACAACAAAUAGUAUUAAGAUAG